GUUAUUUUAAUACAAGUGUAAAAAUUUACUCAUUAAUAAUUAAAAUCAACAACUACAGUUAACAUAAUGUUGAUAUUAUAUCUGAAUAUUUUUCUAAUAUUUGUCAGCAACAUAAACAAAAUUUUUGCUACUACAACAAUUGAAGCUUGUCGAACACCACCUCCUGAAAACCAAUCUGGAUGGUGUGUACCAACAAAACAAUGCAAAAUCAUAAGUGACAUUAUUGGUGUUUCACUUGACGCAUUCCCCUCGAAAUACCAAACAUUUAUAGAAAAUUCAAGGUGCUCUAGUAGUUCAGAUGAGCGAUUCUGCUGUACUUUGAAUCAUAUCAAUCGUGAUUUUGCUUCCGCUAAUGAUUUAAAUAAUCCUGUUACUCCUCUGGGUCAAAGAGUUGAUGGAGAACAUAUGACUGAAAUUAUUAAGCCAGCUAUCAAUUUAAGAGUACCAAUCAUUCCCAAUGUUAAUCGUCCCGAUAUUACAAAUAUUGACACACAUCCAAAUCUAUAUCUAUUGCCAAAUGAAUGUGGAUUAAUGAAAUAUCAAGAUAAAAUAUCAGGUGGAGAAACAACGGGACUCAGGGAGUUUCCAUUUAUGGCUCUUUUAGAAUUUAAUCGAAAAACACCACAUUUUGGUUGUGGUGGAACUUUAAUUAAUGAAAAAUAUAUUUUAACUGCAGCUCAUUGUGCACGUUCAGAUUUGUUUAGUGUUCGCCUUGGGGAAUAUAAUAUUAGAACAGAUGUCGAUUGUGUAGACGAUGAGGAUGAGGACAGUGGAUUUGACUGCAAUGAUCCCGUUCAAGAUAUUCCAAUUGAAAGUAUAACAAAACAUGAAGGUUAUGAUAAAUUUAAAGCUGUAAACGACAUUGCAUUAUUACGCCUAUCAAAACCAGCUAAUACGUCAACAAACAACGUGAUACCUAUAUGUUUACCAAGAAACUCUGAAUUAAGAAGUAAAGUUUUUAAAAAGGCGCAAUUAACUGGUUGGGGUACUACAGAAAAGGGAAACACGUCACAUAUUCUUUUAAAGGGAGUUUUAGACAUCAAUACAGAAAGGCAAAAAUGCGAACAUUUUUAUUCAGAAUAUUAUUAUUUGAAAGUUACAAAUCAACUUAUAUGCGCAAGCAGUAAAAAUAAUAUCGAUAGCUGUAAAGGUGAUUCUGGAGGACCAUUAUUUCAAAAAGAACAACUGAAACCAAAAGAAUUCAAAAAAUAUCUUCAAUUUGGAAUAAUCUCAUCAGGUCCUUCAAUUAAUUGUGUUGUCAUUAAUGAGAGUGGUGGAUCUCUCUAUACAAAUAUUUCUCGAUACAUGAAAUGGAUUUUAGAUAAUAUUUCACCAUGACUGAGGAGACUGAUAGAUAAAAAGGGUUUAUAUGUA